GGCUCUGUCUAGAUCUUUCUCUUGGUUCUCCCGCAACGACGAGAGCGCCAUGUCCGCUGCGGUGACGGCGCCGCCGUGCCACAGCCGGCCGUCGCCUCUCAACCCCAACUCGACGAGGGCCACGCCGAGCAGCAGCUCCGGCAAGCCCAACGCCGUGUCCACCACGAGGAGGCACAUCGCCAACCUCGACCGCCUCCUCGUCAAGCCGCCGCCGCUCCCGCUCCCGGUCCAGCACAGGAAAGCGCCGGCCGAGGCGCCCCGCGACGGGGAGGCCACCCCCGACGACCGCAGCAGCCGCGGCGGGCUGCUCAACGCGCUCAACCUGUCCACGUUGCUGCCCUUCACGCGGAAGCCCGCCGUGGACGAGAUGUCCCCGCGCAGCCUGGCGUACAUGCAGCGCCUCCUGACGCUCUCGCCGCGGCUGUCGCCCAAGGGUUCCAUCGCCGGCGAGUGGCGGAGGUACCACGGCGAGGGCGGGUGGGAGGGCCUCCUCGACCCGCUCGACCACAACCUGCGCCGCGAGCUCCUCCGCUACGGCGACUUCGUGCAGGCCGCGUACACGGCGUUCCACUCCAUGCCGUCGGCGGCCGAGGCGGCCUCGCACGGCCAGCACCGCACGCUCGUGCUCCCGGACCGCUCGUACCGCCCGACGCGGAGCCUGUUCGCCUCGUCGUCGCUGACCAUCCCGCCGUGGGCGCAGCGGCGCUCGGCGCCCAGCUGGCUCACGCAGCGCACCAGCUUCGUCGGCUACGUCGCCGUCUGCGACAACGAGCGGGAGGUCCGGCGCAUGGGCCGCCGCGACAUCGCCAUCGUGCUGCGCGGCACCGCCACGUGCCCCGAGUGGGCCGAGAACCUCCGCGCCAGCCUCGUGCCGCUCGCGGGCGACGACGACGCGUCCGCGCCCAAGGUGGCCAAGGGGUUCCUCAGCCUGUACAAGACGCCAGGCGACCACGUGCCGAGCCUCUCGGCCGCCAUAGUGGAGGAAGUAAAGCGUCUCAUGGAGCUGUACAAAGGGGAGGAGCUCAGCAUCACGAUCGUCGGCCACAGCCUCGGCGCUUCCCUGGCCCUCCUCGCCGCCGACGAGCUCAGCGCGUGUCUUGCGGCCGACACGGACGACAGCGCCACUACGGACCAUCACCGGCCGCCGCCCAUCGCGGUGGUCUCCUUCGGUGGCCCCAAGACCGGGAACCGCGCGUUCGCGGACCGGCUGCAGCGCGAGCGCGGCGUGAACGUGCUGCGCGUGGUGAACGUGGGCGACGUGGUGACGCGGGUGCCGGCGCCGAUCGCGCGGGAAGGGUACGUGCACGCGGGCGGCGCGGAGCUGAGGCUGCACAGCCGCGACUCCCCGUGCCUGCGCCCCGACGCAGGGCCGUCGUGCUGCCACGACCUGGAGGCCUACCUGCACCUGCUCGACGGCUUCACCGGCUCCGGCCGGCCGUUCCGCGCCGACGCGAGCCGGAGCGUGGCGCGGCUGCUGACGUACCAACGGCCCAGCGUGAAGCGCGCGUACGUGGAGCGCGCGCGGGUGCUCGGGUUCGAGCCGGCGUCGCCGAGGACCGCCACCGCCAACGGCGCCUGCGCCGACGGCCAGUACGGCUACUUGGCCAGCCCCACAUGAUCCGCCUGUAGCAUGCAAAUGCAUGCACACCCUCCAAAGUUAACAAGAGUAUCUGCACGUGUUUCUAUAAGUGUGCAAUCAGUUCUGGUGUGUAUGACUGUGUAUCCAGUCACGCCGUGUUUACAUUUUGACUAUCGGUAACAUGCACGCGGUUUAGGCUAUUUGCAAGGUUUCAUUGCGUGAUUUUUAAAGUGUCAUGUUAUCUAUUGAUCGAUUGAGUUGAUGAAUGAAA